AUGAAAACUUGAUUUACCGAACUGUGCAAAUCCGAAAGGAAAGUGUUCUGCCGCCACCACAAAGCCAUUCUGUGUUAUGGCUGCAAAGACAAGUACCACAGAGAGUGAGAAGUUGAAGAGAUUAUUAUUCCAGCCAGAAUAGAUGACAACAUCACUCACCUCCUAAAAAUGCUCGAUAUUAUGAAAGAAGACAGUCAGAAGCUAAAAAUUCAGAUGCAUAUAGAUGGAAUCGAUGAGUUUAUUCCAGAAUAUCAUUCUAAGACCAUCAAAAUGAAAGAGCACCUUGCAAACUCAAUAAAGCAUGACAAAUUUUUGGAAUACGGGGAUUUGCUCAAAUCCAUACUUGAACUCUCAGAAAGAAUUCUGGAAAAUGAAGUUUAUGCCAGCUAUUGUAGUUUUAUGAUGAAUUUUAAUACUACACAUAAAGUCCAUAAACUUAAAGAACUAGAAUUAGGAGAAGAAAUCGUUAACCCAGAAGAACCUCAGAUUAUGGAAGAGAACAAGAAAGCCACAGAAAAAUAUUUAAAGAAAAUAUGUGAAGGUAGAGAACUAGAGAAGCUAUACGAAGAAGUGAUGAAGUGUGAUCUUAAAUCAAAAAGGCUUGAUGAAUUAAAGAUCGACCUUAGUAUAGCAAAGGAUGUAGAAUUUAUGAAUGCGAUCAUCAAAGACAAUGUUACGAUUAAAGAUCUCAAGUGAUUAACCAUACAGGAUUGUGACAAAAAUAUAAGCGAAGUUUCACGCUUUCUCAAACAUCAGUUCUUUACCAAUAUAUUUAAAUUAGAGCUGAGCUGAGAUAGGGAUUGAAAAUGGAGCUCAUGUGAGUUGAAAACGAUUGCAUCAUUUCUUAAAACAGCAAUCCAAAAGAUGGGUUCAAAGGAAGUUUGCCUCGAUGUAUGGAAAAUAGGCUCCUCUGAUUUUUCUGUAUUGUUGGAAGGUUGCACUAAAUGAGAAACAUUAUCAAUUCAAAGAGGAUGUUUCAAAAUUUCCAAUUCCAUUAAACUUGACAAAAAUGCUGAUUUUAGCAUUAAAACUCUAAAACUGAGUUGAUUUGACAAUUAUAGUCUCCCUCCCAAAAAUUAUGAGUCAAUUUUGUUAGGAAUAAAAGAGUCUAAACUUCAAGACUCAAUCAAAGAGAUCAGAUUAGGCCAGCACUUAUCCCAGAACCUAUCCAAAAUGAAAUCAAAAGCAAAACCUCUUGGACUUGAGCAUAUAAAAUUCCUCCGCAUGACAUAAUUUUAAUAAUUUCUUUUAACUGAUAA